AUGUUGCGUAAAGUUCUGAUUCCUUCUGCCAUCAAGCUGUCUGGUCCUCGUGCCUUUACUUCUUUGACAAGAAGCAUUGCUGCUACCAGAGUCACUCCUAAUGCCGUUGGCUCUCUCCUCAGAUCUCAAGCUCUUCGUCCUCAACUAUUCAGCUCUCUCAAGAUCUCUCCUUAUGCUUUCCUCCACACACAAUCCACUGCUCCUAAUUCUGCUGUAGCCGAGCUCAUCAAGGACGAAGUCAUCGAAAACGACACUCACAUUGAACCCAUUUCCGAACAAAAGAAGCGAUUUGAUUCCAUUGAAGCCAUUCAUCCCAACACACAAAAGGCAAUCCGUCAGGUAUUCAAGUACGAAGAAAUGUCAGCAGUGCAAGAUGCUGUUCUCUCCAAACUACCCAACAAGAAUGACAUGUUUGUCAAAGCAAAGACAGGUACCGGCAAAACACUUGCUUUUUUGACAGCUGCUAUUGAAACAGCCAUUGAGGGUCAAUCCCCUCAAGAUUUCAAGCACUUCCAAGGCACCUCCAUCAUGGUGAUCUCUCCUACCCGUGAGCUCGCUAACCAGAUUGCUGAUGAAGCCCAAAAACUCGUAAGUGCGUAUCCUUUCAAGGUACAUUGUAUGGUGGGCGGUGAUUCCAAGAGACGUCAAAUCCUCAAUUUGGAGCGUCGUCGCUGCGAUAUCGUGGUUGCUACACCUGGUCGUCUGCAAGACAUGCUUUCCUCAGUGCACAAUUUCAAAAAGAUGUGUCAAAAUCUCAAGGUGCUUGUCCUGGAUGAAGCAGAUCAGCUGUUGGAUAUGGGCUUCAAGGCUGAAUUGCAACGCAUUUUGAACCAAAUUCCCGAGAAGCGUCAAACUAUGCUCUACUCUGCCACCAUUUCGCAAGAAAUUCGUGAAAAUUUGGGCAAAUUCGCUUUAUCACCCAACUAUGAUUUGAUUGAUACCGUGGGCAAGGACGAUGUCAACACCAAUAUUCAUGUCAAGCAAUCUGCUGUGAUUGCUCCAUAUCAAAACCAGUGUGCACUGAUCCGCGAUUGUCUUGAAACACACGAAGCUGCUCAAAAGGGCAAGGUCAUUGUCUUUUUACCUACGACCAAGGCUACCAUGGUCUACGCCAAUAUCUUCAAGCGUCUGAUGCCUGAUCGUAUGGUCUAUGAAAUUCACUCCAAGAAGGGCCAAGAUCAACGUUCUCGCAUUGCUGACAAGUUCCGUAAAUCCAAGGACAGCAGCAUCCUCUUCACAUCCGAUGUCUCUGCCCGUGGUGUCGAUUAUCCUGGCGUGUCUCUCGUUCUCCAAGUAGGUGUUCCUUCUUCUCGCGAGCAAUAUAUCCAUCGUCUCGGCCGUACUGGUCGCGCUGGCCGUGAAGGUGAAGGUAUCAUCAUGUUGGCACCUUUUGAAAAGGCAUUUUUGGACAAGGAAGUCUCUGAUCUCCCUAUUGAAAACAUUGAGGCUCCCGCUCUCACUCAAGAGGAGAUUGACGAAACAAAUGAAAUCGCUCUCAAGUCUAUCAACAACAUGGAUGAGGAUAUGGUGAGAGAGGUCUAUACUGCCUAUUUGGGCUAUUACUCUGGAAGAAUGCCCAUGCUGGGUCAACGUCGUUCUGCAGCCUUGACUGAAGCCAACAAAUUUAUUGAAGGUCUUGGUGUGACAAACAUCCCUCAUUUGAGCCCUCGUUUCUUGUCUCAACUUGGUUUGAGCGAAGGUAAUAGUAGCCGUAACAAUAACCGUGGUGGCAGUGGUUAUAGUCGUGGUGGCAGCAGUCGUGGCGGUGGUUUCAAUCGUGAUAAUGAUCGUGGAUUUAGCCGUGGCAACAAUUUCCGUGAUUUCAAGAGUUUUGAUCGCGACAGCAAUGAUCGUGGCAGUUUCAACCGUCGUGAUAGCUACAACAGCAGCAGUAGACGUUUUGAAGAUCGUGAUAGUGGCUACAAGAGCCGUGAUGAUGGCUUCAAGUCUCGCGAUAGUGGCUUCAGACGUCGUGAUAGUGGUUUCAAGAGCCGUGAUGAUGGCUUCAAGUCUCGCGAUAACUUUGAACGUCGCUCAAACUUUAAGCGUCGCGAGGAUUAUUAA